UCUGCACUAGGUACUUAUUUCAAUUUUAGUCAGAAACAGUCACUACUUUACAUUAUUGAGAUUAAUAAUAAAUAUAAGUAAUAUCACAAAUUCACAAACACUAAUAAUAAGUCGCGAAUAAAAUAUUGAUAUGUUUAAAAGUUUUAAAAUUCGUUCGGAAGACACUUGUUUUAUUAUUAUUCCUAACGAAAGGGGAUUAAUUUUCAGAUUGUUUAUUUUUCUCUGAUGUCACCAGUCAUUAUCAUGUUUAUCGAGUUCACGUUUAAAGAUAUGAGGUUGUUUUUAAUGAAUCAAACAUAAAACAGAUGUUACCAAAUUUCUGUUGUGGAGUUUAUUUACGACAUAGAAUACUUUUAUUUCCUUUGAUUCGUACGUUAACCGCCUUAUAGCUCUUUGUCGCUAAUGUAUCAUGUCAUGCGUCAAAUUCUGAUUUCAGCUUCCCUUGUAAAAUGGCUGGCGUGCUAAAUACUGAAAUUUGGAAAAAUUGGGAAAAAUCUGGUAAACAAGAAUUUAUUAAAUUUUGUAUACCACUUUUAAAAGAUGAAUCAAAAAGUCCUUUGUUUAAUAAACAUGGUAAAACAACAAAUAUUAUUAGUUAUAUAAAUGAAUUGAUUGAUAAGGGAAUACAGGGGAUAAUAAAAACAGAUCAAGUCUCAGCAACCCUCAGGGAAUUAGUGGCUCUUCACCCAGAUAUUCCUUCAAUUAUCCUUGAUGUAUUGAAUUUAGCAGAUGCUGUAACGUCGCAAAUAGAUCAUGAGGAAUCCAGAGAAAGAAGUAAUUUUUGUACAAUUGUUAAAGAUUGUGAAAAGUUUUUAUCUGACAAAUUACUUAAAGAGAGAUUGGAAAUAGAUACCUUGCAAGAAGUAGGAGUUCUGAAGAAUGGUACAUUUUAUUCAAAAUUUAUCAAAGUUAAAACGAAAUUAUACUACAAGCAACGAAAAUUCAAUUUAUUCCGUGAAGAAUGUGAAGGGUUUUCCAAACUGGUCACAGAACUCAAUAGCGAGUUCACUGAAAAUACAAAUUCAAAAGAUUUGAUAGGUAUAGUUCAAUCUCUAAUAGGUUGUUUCAAUUUGGAUCCAAAUAGAGUUCUAGAUAUAAUAUUAGAAAGUUUUGAAAACAAACCGAAAGAUAGUAAAAUAUUCAUUCCUUUGAUUAAUUCAUAUAUGAAUGAUUCUCGAAUCAUAAGCGAAGUGUUAUCUACCAAGUUUGGAUUUUUAAGGAACAAUGAACAAGAAAUUCCACAAUCUCUGUACAUUCUUACAGCUCAGUUACUACAACACAAGAUAAUUCAAUUGGAUGACAUUUAUUACUGGUUGCUUCCUGAAGAUAAAACUAUGAUUGCUGAUUCAGAAAAAAGUCUAAAAGAUGCUAAGGAGUAUGUUAGAAAACUUCAGAUUAUUAGCUUGAAUAAUAAAGAAAAAGAAGAUGCUCCCGAAGAAAAUGAUAAUGAUAGUGAUAGUUAUGAAGGGAAUCAGAAAUUGGGUCUAUGUGAAGCAUUAUUAUUGAUUGGUGAUUGGGAGAAUGCACAGACUCUUAUAAAGAGAUUGCCCGAGAGAUAUUCAGUGAAUUAUGAACCAAUUGCUAGUGCAUUAUGUGGAUUAUUACAUUAUAUAAUAGAACCUUUGUACAGCGAGUAUGGAAUUGUGAGUUCAAAAAUACCAAGAACACCACUGGCACCCUAUGAAGGUAACAUAAAACCCCCUCAAGCACAUACAUUUUUGGAACUCAAAGAUAUAGCUCUGCCAAUGUUUUUCAUGUUAGGGGCUUCAUUACGUUAUGACACCAUAUUAUUAUGUAAAGUUGUCAGGCUUGCCAAGGCAGCUUUGUCAGCUUGCGGUAUAGAUAAUCCCAAGUGUAGUGCACCCUCUGGAAAUUCUAUUUAUUAUGAUAUACUUUCAUUGAUUGAUAUCACUAUACUACCGUCAUUGUCGUACUUGGAUUGCAAUUGUUGUAUAGCUGAAGAUAUUUGGACACUUUUAAAAUUGUAUCCAUACCAGAUUAGAUACUGCUUAUACUCUAGGUGGAAGAAUGAAACAUAUUCUUUAUACCCUGAUUUGUUGAGAAAACGGGCGGAUUCAGAAAAACAAAUUAAAAAUAUCAUGAAACGAGUUAGCAAAGAAAAUGUCAAGCCUGUUGGGAGACUGAUAGGAAAAUUGACCCACUGUUCUCCUGGUUUCUUAUUUGACUAUGUGUUACUACAGAUUCAGGUUUAUAAUAAUUUGAUAGCUCCUGUAGUGGAUUCUUUGAAAUAUUUGACAAAUUUGUCAUAUGAUGUGCUAGGAUUUUGUCUUAUCGAAUCCCUGGCUAAUGCUGAAAAGAAGCGAGUUAAACAUGACAGUACUUCCAUUUCUAGCUGGUUACAGAGCUUGUCCAGUUUUUCUGGUGCUGUCUACAAGAAGUACAGUAUUGAAUUGUCUGGUUUGUUGCAGUUCGUUGCUAAUCAACUUAAAGCACAGAAAAGUUUGGAUUUACUGAUUUUAAAAGAAGUAGUUCAAAAAAUGGCUGGAGUAGAUGCAGCUGAAGAUUUGACAAUGGAUCAAUUGAACGCUCUUGCUGGUGGUGAGUUGUUGAAAUCCGAGGCUGGUUAUUUUAGUCAAAUACGUAACACAAAAAAGUCCUCUUUGAGACUAAAAGAAGCGAUGGCGGAAAAUGAUCUAGCAGUUGCUCUUUGUCUUUUAAUGGCUCAACAAAAUUAUUGCGUGGUAUAUAGAGAAACACAAAAAAAUAGCCAUUUGAAAUUGGUAGGGAAGUUAUCAGAUCAAUGUCAAGACACAUUAGUUCAAUUUGGAACAUUUUUGGGAUCAACGAUGUCUGUCGAUGAAUAUGUCAAUAAACUCCCUUCAAUUCAGAGUAUGUUAACAGAUUAUCACAUACCAUUAGAAGUAGCCUUCUUUUUAGCAAGACCAAUGUUUAAUCAUGCUAUAAAUCAAAAGUAUGAUCAAAUCAGAAAAUUAGAUCCGGGGUAUAAGAAGAUGUCUUCAUCUAUAAAAAAUCAAAAAUAUUGUGAAGCUGUAACUGAAGUAAUGGAACCGGUCUGUUCAUCUUUAACCCUUUUACACCCUCCUCGUGUGUGGGAAGACGUAUCUGCUCAAUUUUUAGCUACAUUCUGGUCUCUCACCAUGUAUGAUCUAUACAUUCCCGAAGAGGUAUACCAACAGGUUAUCAAUAAAACAAAGAUGCAAGCCCAGGCAUGUAUGGAAUCAGGAGCUAAAAGCAAGAAGGAACAGGAAAGAUAUCAAACUUUGGCCGAAAAACUCCAAGAUGAAAAGAAGAAACAAACAGAACAUGUCGAAAAAAUCUUUUACAGACUAAAACAAGAAAAAGAUAGUUGGUUUUUGUCAAAGUCCGUUAAAACGGCAAAGAAUGAGACAAUAACAAGAUUUCUUCAACUAUGCAUUUUUCCAAGAUGUACUUUUACUCAGAUUGAUGCCGUCUAUUGUGCGAAAUUUGUACAUACCAUACAUUUACUUAAAACUCCAAAUUUUUCUACUCUACUGUUUUAUGAUAGGUUAUUCUGUGAUGUUACAUAUUCAAUAACAUCCUGCACAGAAAAUGAAGCUAUGCGAUAUGGUCGUUUCCUCUUUGCGAUGCUAGAAACAGUAAUGAGGUGGCAUAGAUCUAAAGAGGUUUUUGAAAAGGAAUGUGCAAAUUAUCCUGGAUUUGUAACAAAAUACAGAAAAAAUAAUCAACAUGCCGAUAAUUUGGAUAACGUGGACUAUGAAAAUUAUCGACAUGUUUGUCAUAAAUGGCAUUACAAAUUAGCAAAAGCCAUGGUCACCUGUCUGGAAUCCAAAGAGUACGUUCAAAUUAGAAAUUCGUUGAUAAUUCUUAUUAAGAUCAUACCGCAUUUCCCAGUUUUGAUCAAGUUGAGUCAGUUUAUUGAGAAGAGGAUAGAAAAAGUCAGAGACGAGGAGAAAAACAAUCGACAAGAUUUGUUCACCUUGUCUAGUAGUUAUUUGGGCUUAUUAAAGCAGAAGAAUUCCAGCGGCCAAAUGAUGAAAGAAGCCGAUUUUCAUGUACCUCUCGACAAAGAAAAGGGAGGAAAAGGACAUGAAUCUAGAAUUGAGGGUGCCAACAAACAUAAUGGUGAAGUGAAAGAUGACUCUUCGAAGGAGAAAAAGUCUAGACAGUCAUCAGAUGAUACCAGAAGUAGUUCCAAACCUCAGAUAAUUUCUGUUGAUAUAACAGGCAGUAGUUCAAAUAACAAAAUCGAAAAACAAAUAGAAGAGCAAGGAAAGGAAAAACGCAGAUCGGAAAGAAAUGAAGAAAAAGAAAGAGAAAAGGAAAAACGAAGAGAAAGAAGAGAAGAAAAAGCAAAUGCAAAAGAUGAAAAAUAUGAAAAGCAAUACAGCAGAUCUCAAGACGAAAGAUACAUUGAAAAGCUUAGUCCAAAAGAUGAAAGUAGAUACACCAAUGAGCAAAUGGAUAGAUAUUAUGAUGACCGAGGUGGAGGCCACUAUUACAGAAGUGACAUUAGGGAUGACAGGGACUUGUUAGCUAGCGGUAAUGGGAGCAUAGGGAGAAGUCAGGAGGCGGAACCCGAUAGAGAUUCAAAACGAAGAAAAGUCGACUCCUCUUCGAAGAAUUCCAAACAUGAGGAGAGGAAAUCAAAUUCAGAUUUAUUUCCCGAAAAGACUGAGAAAAGAGAAAGGUCCACAAAACCGAAAGAUAAAAGGGAUAAAAUGAGUGAAGAAGAAAAAGAGAUGAGGAAAGAAAGGAAAUUGGGCAGAAAGAGGGACCGACUAGAUGAAGUGCAAUUAGAAAUGAAAAGGAGACGAGAAGAAGAAAAAGCAUCUAAAAUGGUAUCUCCAUAUCGAGGUGCAAAUGGCGAAAUGAUGGAACCCUCUCCAAUUCAUAUCAGAGAAAAACAUCAUCGAACAAGGGAAAUAUCACCGUACCAAAGAGAUCGAUCACAUGAAAGAUCUGAACCAAGGGACAAACAUAGGCGGAGUUCGGAGAAUAAAAGAAGAUAGCAAAAAUUAAUGGAUUUGAAAAAAGAUUGUUGAGUGGUGAAUAAAUAUUUUGAAUGUUGCGUCGAAAUUAAGAACCCACUAUAUACAUUGUUUAAUGUUUAGUUUUUUAUGUGA